AUGGAGUGCAAAGCGCCGUUUCUAUGGGAACAAGAGACUCUUCAAGCAGAGCAGAGUGGGACUUGGGCACAGAGCGAGGCCUUAGGAGAGAAGCACAGGGCUGAGCUUGUGGACUGGAGAAGUCAGGUGCGGCUCAAUGUGACCCUCUCCCCAGAGUGGGAGGCUCUGGCGCGCGCCUCUCACCAACCAACGAAGGCCAAGCGUGUGGCCAGCCAGCCAGCUGAAGGUGGCCAGACAGAGCGCGACAGCAUGGCAAGUCUGACCAGCCGCAGCGGCAGCAGCAGGGCAACGCUCCAGGAGGUGUUGAUGAAAGAGUACAACACACAGCUCUCAGCCCCACCUCCACCCACCCUGCCCAGGAAGUUUUCCUCUCCGUAUGCAAGCAAGGUCAACAAGCACAGGCCUGUUAGUGCCCCUGCCUCUAAACACAGGUUCUCCAAGCCCUGUGAGGAACCUCCUGUGUAUCUGCGCCAGCCUCAGAGGAUCAGAGUCACUGCCUACAAGAAUGGCUCGAGAGUGACCUUUACUAAAGUCACUGCUUCCAACAUUGCAACGCUGCUGGAGGACUGUACACUGAAGCUGCGACUGAACUCGGCGGCCAGGCGAGUCUUCCUGGCAGAUGGCACGGAGGCCCACGCACCUGAAGACAUCCCUCAGGACGCCGACAUCUUCAUCUCCACGGGAGAGGCAUUUGUGGAUCCACUGGCAGAGAUCAGAGCCCAUCUGUCUGUGAGCAGGGAGAGGAGCUGGACGCUGCGUGGGCUGGUCCAGUCUGGGGACGGCCAUCAGCGUGGGGGCACCAGGGCCAGUGGGCUCUUGCGCCGUGCCCUUGGACGCCUGUGCCAGGCGCUGCCCACCGCUCAGCGGGUGCUCAUCUUCAAGAAUGGCGCCGGUAGAGACGGCCGUGAGGUCUCCACCACCACCACCACACAGAGUCUGAAGCAGUUCCUGGAUGUGUGCACUGAGAAGUUGCAUCUCACUACCUCUGCAAAGAUUGUGUUUAACUGGAAUGGAAAAGUUGUCGAAGACCUUGACAUUGUCCCCCAGCUGGACGGCUGCCUGCUGGGCUCUGGGGCCCCGGUGCGUGGCCCUUUGUGGGCGUCCAGGGGCGAGGCGUUCAGUGCGGCCGGAGCCCAGACCUACGUGAGGGACACGGCGAAGGCCCUGAGGCAGAGGCUGGGAGUCAGCAGGCAACACCUGGAGCAGCUGGAGUCUGUAGAGGCAGGCAGGACAGAGGAUGUCACAUCAAAGAUCCUCAGUUUCACCGGGACACAACGGGCAACGGCCAGAGAGAAGGCACAGGCUCAGAUUAAGGAACUGGAGGAUUGUCUGAGAAAUCACCAGCAGCAGCUGUCCAUCCUGGGCCGAAUGGUGGAAGAAGAGUCUUCCAGCCCAGCAAGCAGCAAGUGGCCCCUGUCCCAGGGCCCCCCACUACCCCAGGGCCUCCAGCUCAAAGUGUACCAGCGGGGCCGAGACUCAGGACACACACUGGUGUUUGUGAACCGCGUUGAGCUUGAGAAGGGUACCCAGGGGGACGAGGAGCGCAUGAUGGACAGGCUCUUGCAGGUAAUCCUAGGCAGGCUCGGAGCUGGUGCCACGGGUAGCCCCUACGGCUGGAGCCUCUCCCCCGCGUGGAUAUGCGAUGAGCAGGGUGAGGCUGUCCGCAGCCCCCUCCACCUCCAGAGCGGUCAGAGGGUCUGGCUGUCCUAUGGGGAAGACCACAGGCUGUCCAGCAGUGUCAGUAGUGCAGGAGUGCUCACUCUUUCUCUGGAGAAAGUGGCCACUGCAGUGGACGUGGAUCAUCAGGCCAUUCACAAGACACCGCUGGAUCCAGAUGUAGGCCAUGAGAAGUAUCAUGCCUCAGAGGAAUUUCCAAAGAAUCACACUGCUCACCCUACUCAGUGGUCCCUUGUUAAGACCUCUCCAGACACAAGUAACCACUACUUGCAACUUAAGGAAAAUCCAGCAGUGGUGUUUCUCCCGUCGGUCACAGUGGCAAAGCACGCCACGGCAGACAGGCCGACCGGGCAGACCGGUGGUGCAGAGAGCAGCUGGGUUUGGCCAUCUUUGGCACAUGUUUGGAGCAUACAAAAGACAGGAGAGAUUGUGAGCUGCGCCUUCCCUCAACUCUGCCUGGCAGCUUCCCCUGUGCCAAUCACACUAAGAGUCCCCAGUGGAGAAGAGACACAAGCUCACAUGCUGCUCCUGCAAAAGAGGGAGAUGGGUUGUCCAUUUCAGCGGUGGAGGUUUGGUGAAAAUGGCCACAUCUAUUCUGAGGCGCUCUCUGAACUGACGCUGACCUACCUGCAGGAGGAGUGUGGAUGGGCAGAAGUGACCCCCCAGCACCAGGGGGCAAUAGAGAGACCCCGGGGCAGAGAGGGGGCAGACGGCCGUGCUUACCCAGAGCCGAUUGAGGCAGCACCAACAGACAGCCCAUGGGGAGAGGCAGCCAGUCAGGGAGCCCAGCUGUCAGUGGCCCUUCUCAGGCAACACAAAGGCAAACAGGCGCCGGCCGCGGCUCAGAGGUGGGCCAUCAGGCCAGAGAGAAGUCACAGCAAAGAGAGAGGGAGACGGUCCAGCACGCUGAAGCCACCGUGGAGACAGCAUGGCUACGUGUGGCCACUGCUUCCCUGCGGGGAGAUCAACGAGGAUCUGAUGUGGCCACUAGAGGGUGCUCUUGUGCCUUCUAACCAGCCAUUCCCUCUCAGCGGCACUAGGGGGCAUCAGAGCUUCACACCACUGAGGCUGAGGGUGUUGAGGAAUGGCCAAGUAGUUGAGCGCACCAAGGCCACGUCUGUCACUCUUCCAAACAUUACAAGCAGCCGGAUGAGAUCACAAGUGGCCAAGAGCAAAGGAUCCAGUGACAACAACACAGAAGAUCAAAAUGUUGAGUUUCAGGAGUUCCUCAAUAGGUGCACUGAGUUGCUGAAGCUGCCCUCUGUGGCCCGCAGACUCUUCGAGGAGGACGGGAAGGAGGCUUUCCAGCUCACCGGACUGCAGAGAGACCAGCUGGUGUACGUGUCAUGUGGGGAGCAAUGGGUGAGCCCUCAGCGCAGACAGGCAGAGGCCCACAGACGCCUGGCAGUGCUCCGGCUGGAGUGGGACGUGGCCUGCAUACGGCACUACUGCGCCCUGAGGAGCCCCCAGGACCUUGUCCUUGAUGUUGAAGGACAGCCACAGGAGGGCUCUGCUGUUCUAGUGCGGCCGUACUGUCUCAGCCCUGAAGAUACGACCCCUGAGCAGAGUCAAGCCUCCUCCGACACCUCGGACUUCCCCCUAGGAGACACACAUUGGAGAGCUCACCAGAGGGCUGAUGAGCGGGUGACUCAGGGUCAAUGGCCAUGGCAACAACGGGGCUCCCAGGCUUCCUCAUACGGGGAGGAUGACUCUAUUAAUGAAGAUACAUCUGUCAAAAAAGACAAAAGCAGGCUGGGAGGCCACAGGCAGCAGUUUGAGUGGGCCAAGGGACAGCUGGUGAGCUGCAGGAGCCCAUGGCUGGCUGUGGGAGUGAGGGCCAGAAAGGGGAGCUCUGCUGACCUCUCAAGCUCUCCGCUCCACCUGCUGCCCAGGAACCCAUUGGACCCUCACCAGGUCUGGAUCAGCAGAGAGGGAGAGAGGACGUUACACCUGCAAGCUGACCCAAGCUUGGUCCUGGCGGUGUCCAUGCCCCAAAUCCCCUACACACAUCAGCCUGCUACCAUACCUACAGGCUGGCCUGUCAUUCUACAGAAACACAAGCCCCACAGCCCCACUGCUGCUGCAGCCAAUCAGAGGUGGCGCUGGCUGCCGGAGCAGAGGGUCCUGUGUGCUUUUUACACUGACGUCCUGGAGCAGGAGCUGACCGCAGCCUGCCUGGCCUCUGUCUGCACCUCCUGUGUGUAUCCACAGCCUCUGCUGCAGCAGGGGUACUGUUGGAGCAGCCCAGGAGGGGAGGAGAGGGUGGAGGUGUGUGUUAGCUGUGCCACAGAGCUGAGAGGGAAGGUCCACUUAAAGAGGCUCCCUGCAAACUCCACCUUCCGCUGUGCUACAGCCAAUCGGAAUCCUCGCCUCAAUCCUAAAGGGGCAUUCAGGAGCCUGAGUGUGUGUGAGACGGAUCUGAGCACCGAGGCUGCAGAGGCGACUCUGCAGCGUCUAGAGGAGAAUCUGGACCAUCUGAAGAGGCAGUGUCCAGGGCAGACGACAAAGACGCAGUCCCCACGGACUGGCCGCUCUGGCAGCACGCAGCUGCCAGUGAGAAUCCUGGCCCACAGGAACGGCCAGACCCAAAAGGAGGCCCAGCUGGUCACAGCAGCUACCAUGCCCCUGCUGCUGACCGAGGGCACCAGACGGCUGGGUCUCCCGCGGGCUGCCCUGCACCUCUACACGGCUGACGGCACCCGCAUCCUCACCAUCCAGCAGCUCAAGGCCUGGGCCCUCAACCAGAGCCUGCAGGAGCACCAGCCCCUCACGGACAUGGACACCAGGCCCCACACUCACAUGACAGCUGCCACCCUCUCUGGAGAGGCAGCCCUGGAGGGUGGGGCCGACCACACUGAGGCCCAAGCCCUUCCGCUGGUCACCGAGGCUGAGGUGGACACAGUGGACCAGGCUCUGCUGGCCCUGGUCCUCAGAGAGCCCAUCCCUGUGUGGAUGUCCUGUGGGGAGCCCUUCCAGCCGCCUGAUGUGAUGAAACAAAAAGAGAUGCAAAGAGUGGCAUGUUGGAUGGAGAAGGAGAAACUGUUUCUAGAUCUGGAGAUCAGGAGGCACAAAAUGAGGCAGCAGAAAGCCCGACCACCACAACUCCAGAGCCCAUCCAGACAGAUUCCCCAAACUGUAGAAAGAGCCUCGGAAACAACAGCUGAUCUCAACGCCUCUGAGACAUGCAUCCGUGUGGAAGAGUCUAUGCAGGAUCAGGGCAGUAAGCCUGUCCAAGAAGGGCCAUCAAGCUCUACACAUGACCACUACUAUCAGCCCAAGGUCAAGAGGGUCCUGGUGCACUGCAAUGGAGGGGACAUUACCAAAUCAAUAUAUGUCUGGGGCAGAACAAUUGAUGAGCUCCUGAGCUGUAGUUCUGAGCGGCUGGGACUGCCGCGACCAGCCAGCCUGCUGUACACCAUGCUGGGGGAGCCUGUCACCUCCUGGGCCCACAUUCAGAGGGACGCCCUUCUGUGUGUGGCAGCAGGAGAGCCCUUCCUCACACCCAAAGACUGUCGAGACAGAAUAGAGAUGAAAGCCAACUUUGCCCGAGCUAUAAGGCAUCAUCGCCUUACCACCAGUGGUAUGGCAGUCAAACUGAAGGAACUGCAAACUAUCAGUGUAGAAGACCACAGUAGAUGAGUGACCAAGGAACUCCAACUCCAAGGAACUUAUUUCACCUGUGCUUGAGUGUGGAUUCAGAUGUAUUAGCCUGAGUUUCCCAUCACAACCCUAUUUAAUUAGCAUGUUUAUGUGUGAGAAACAUCAAACUUGCAUUAUGCCUAUUUGACUUCAGCCUUAGUCAACUGCAUAUGCAGCCUUUAGAGGGCGAUAUAUUUCUAUUAAAAGUGUGCAUUCUUUCAGUAUGUAACAUAAUAAUGAGCUGUUAAAAGGGGAUGUGUUUCCCCUUGGUGAUAUCUCUGGUAGAAAGAACUGGGGAAGAAUGAAGUCCACAUUUUUAAUCUGACAUCAGUGUGAACUAAUGCAUUUAACCAUUAAGGUGGUC